UUUAUAAGAGAAUCAUGUAGAUGUAAAUACUUGGGUUUUGUAUUUAAUUCUAAAGAGCAGUCUAUUGCAUCCCACUCCAACACUGAGAUAUAUUAUUUCUUCUAACUACAAAUACAGCUCAUAAAAUAACUUGUACUAUAUAAAAAUUUGCUAGCUUUAUUGGUUCACUAGUUUCAGUGGCUGCAGCAGUUCAAUAUGGACUCUUCUAUACCAAAAAUUUCGAAAGAGAAAAAUUUUGUCACUUUCAAAAUGCAACAAAGACUACUCGGCAGUUAUGAAAAUCCCCUUGCAUCUGCAGGAAGACUUUAACUGGUGAAUUAAUAUCUUCUCCAAUUCAAAUCAAGUUAAUAGAAUUCGCUCAGGCCGUUUUCUCCGUGAAAUUUUGUCAUGGCCAAUAAUAAAGAGGCUCGACGAGAUUGGGGGACAUAUUUGGGGAAUUUGAGAACCCUAUUUGCAUCAUUUACAGCAAAAACAUCAAGCCAUGAGUCCGACAAUGCUGUGUGGUGGGUGGCAGCAAAGUCAACAAUAUGAAAAGAAAGACUAGGCAUAAGUUCACAUAAGUGGCUUCAAAGUUGUUAGUAAAAAAAUUACAGUUAAAAUCAUCCCCAAUGAUAAUGUGUUUGUAAGAUGGGAAAAACCGGACAAUGUAUUGACGAAAUCAUGUAAAAGAAGAUCUUUGGGUCAGAGCGCGCGCGCUCUGACUUGGAAUCGCAACACACUCUGACAUUGCGUCAUGUAGGCGAUCGACGACUCGGCCGCCGAGCCAUGCACUUUUAUCUCUUCGCCACGCGCCGUUUCAAUAGAGACAGAAAGUAAACAAAAAAGGAUAGACGAAACGCCUAACUUUCAGUUUAUUCUCCGUCUCACUCUAUCGAAACAGCAGCGGCGGGCUAGUGGGCGAAGAGGCGGGAGAGGUAAAAGCCAAGUGCAUUCGACUCACAAAUCACUACGGCUCAUGAGUCACGAUUUUCGCGAGCCGAGUUGGGACAGACCUAUAUAUGGCAGUUUUAGGAUACAAACGAAAUAUCUCAGAAAUAUCAAAGAUUAGCUGGGAAUAUUACGUAUUUAUCAAGACGAUUGAUUUUUUACAAUCAGUAUCAGUAAAUAUCCAAUAUAUUACUUUAUUAUUGAUCUAUCUAAUUUGGUUUCCUUAAAAGAAUUUGUUAAUAAUUAAAUAAUUUAAACGUAAAUGGAGCAAUGGAAUUAAAAAGAAGUACAUAUAAAUUCGCGUCAACGUGAUUUUAAAUCAAGCAGUCAGUGGUCAUACAAUGGCUUUGAAAAUCUUGUGUUUCCUUAGUCUUCUGGCAUUCUGUCAUGCUAGAGUUCUUCCCACGAUCGUAAAUGGGAAUGAUGCUAAACCAGGCGAGAUUCCAUAUCAGGUUUCUCUUCAACGAAAAUAUUAUUCUAUCCACUUUUGUGGUGGAUCAAUUCUGAACGAUUACUACGUUAUUACCGCAGCUCACUGUGUUGAUGGUCGAAAUGCCAAAGACAUAAAAGUUGUUGCUGGCACCAUUAACUUAACUCAACCGAAAUCAGAGCAUAAUGUCGUCAGAAUUAUUAUACACGAAGAAUAUAAUGCAAAGAAUUCUUGGAUUAACGAUAUUGCUUUACUAAAGACGGAUAGGUCUUUUGAAAAAUUUGAACGUGUUCUCCUGCCACCAAAAGGUUACGUCGUUAAACCUAAUGAUAUUGCUGUUAUGUCAGGAUGGGGUAGACUUUGGGAAGGAGGGCCAACCACUGUUAAAUUACAACGAGUCAACAUUCUGAUCGCUGAUCAAAUUUACUGCAAAUAUAUAUACAAUAAUAUAGGAUACAAUGUCCAUCCCACACAAGUUUGCGCAUACGAUCCAUCAAUUGAGAAAGGAUCUUGCCAAGGUGAUUCUGGUGGUCCAUUGACUGUUGAUGGAAAACUCGUUGGAUUAGUAUCCUGGGCGGAAGGUUGCUCCGGAAUCAGCUACCCUACCGUCUGCACACGUGUCGCCUCUUAUUUGGAUUGGAUUAAUACCCAGCUAGCCAGGCCUGCUAAUAUCACAUAUCGUAAAAGCUUUAUAGCAAAGAUUAUUUCAAUUUUAAAAACAAUUUUAAAACAAGUAACUGCUUUUGCUUUGUUUUUUAAAAAUUUUUACCCUGUUACUUGCAUAAAAUAUGCGUCGUACUAUUUAUAACAAGCGAAAACUAAGCUUAAUGCGAACAUACCUUGUCGUAAUUUUGCUGUAAAGGUUUCCCCGAGUUUGUGCAAAGUUUGCGUUAUUCGCGCAAAGUUUGCGUUAUUUUGCUAGCUGGAUGGUCAUGCAGUUUAAAUCAAUCCCACCUGCUGCCAAUUAUAAUUUGUACUCUAUUUUACGUUCUGUAUAAUUUUCUAAUUAUUGGUUCAUGAAACUAAAGAAGCAAGAAAAUGAAAGAAACUAAAAAAGAUGAAAACGAUCUAGAAUUGUACAUA